UCAUGCAGAAAAGAUCAGUUUAAACCAGCCUAAGUGGGUUUGCUAUAAGCUACAGCCUAUGUAUAUAGGUUAUUUUAAUACAUUUAACUUUGCAACUAGGUGAAAUAAUAUGUUAUUUUAUUCCAGUUAACGUUUAUUUACGAUUAUUACAUAGGAUUAUACCAACAAAAAAUUAAUUUUUGAAACAUAGAGGACACAUUGACACAUAGAGGAAUGUUUUUCUUUCUACCAAAAGGUUUUCAAUUCAUUAUCAUAUUCAAUACAUAUUAGACUAAACAUGAACGCAUGUUUCAGAAAUCCUAGUUCGGUAAAGGUAAAAACAUCUUUAUUAAUAUCUGCAUUUUAAUAUUAAUGCUCAGAGUUCUCAAACAACCAGUAGAGGGCAUCCAGUCAAUAACUUUACCGGUAAGGAAAUGAACCCGGAACAUAAACAAGAACCCGCUGACUGUGUCAUUUCCGCUCUGGCAAUAAAAUGGCAACGCCGAGUAGUGGCACAUCCAGGCGUUUAGUUCAGUAUGUCAUCGUUCGAUCAGACCUGAUACACACUUUAUCAUGGCCUUUAGGAGCGGUUAUAACGCAAGCAUGUCACGCGGCCACUGCAGCCAUUCAUUUACACUACAGUGACCCUGAUACACAGGAAUAUUUGGCAGAACUGGACAGCAUGCACAAAGUGGUACUGCAGGCACCAGAUGAGGCUUCUCUCUCCACUCUUUCCAGUACUCUACGUGAAAAAGACAUAGCUCAUAAACUAUGGAUGGAGCAGCCAGAGAAUAUUCCCACAUGCUUGGCUUUGAAGCCCUACCCUAAGGAGACUGUGCAGCCCUUUCUAAAAAAGUUCAAACUUUUCAAAUGAAUUAUGCAUGUAUUGUACAAUAUAAACACAAAGACUGGUCAGAAUGGCAUGUGGCAUUAAGAAUGAACCUGCUGGAACAGCCUUACCAUCGCAUCUUUGACUUUCGUCCAUAUAUCUGUGUAGCAAAUUGCUACUUAGUUAUGCUAUUGUACCAGUAUGGUGAUUGAUAAAUAUAAAAUGUUUAAUAUCUGAAA